AGAUUUCGGGACAUGCUGUUUCUUCAUUCCAGCUGGGAUACUGAGAUUUUACCUGUCUUCCAACAGAGGCAUUAUCCCAAGCUGUACGUAGACGGUCCCUUUGGGAGUCCCUUUGAAGAAUCCUUCAAUUACGAGGUUAGCCUCUGUGUGGCGGGAGGCAUCGGAGUUACUCCCUUUGCAUCGAUCCUCAGGACCCUGCUUGAUGACUGGAAAUGCUACAAACUUCAGAGGCUUUACUUUGUUUGGGUGUGCCGAGACAUCCGGUACUUCCACUGUUUUGCGGAUCUGCUCUGCAGCUUACAUAACAAGCUCUGGCAAGAAAACCGACCAGACUUUGUAAAUAUCCAGCUGUACCUCACUCAGACAGAUGGGAUACAGGAAAUAACCGGAGAGAAAUACCAAGUACUGAACUCCCGGCUUUCUAUCAGGCGACCUUGCUGGGAGCUCCUAUUUAACGAAAUCGCCAAGUCCAACCGACGGAAGACGGUUGGCGUUUUUUGCUGCGGACCGAACAAAAUCUCCAAAGCCCUUCACAAGCUGAGCAACGGCAGCAAUUCUUAUGGGACGCGGUUUGAGUACAACAAAGAAUCCUUCAGUUGAAAAUCCUUGGGACUUAGCGGGACUGUCUGGAUGACAAACGUGCAAUGAACAAAGACUCCAGAAUCUCCAGCUUUAGCCAGAUGCCACAUACCAAAGAGUAGCAAAUGUAUUUUUUAAUUAUUAUUGUUAUUUAUAACUAUUUAAAAAUCUAGGAAGCAACGGACACCAAAAAAAUACAUCCUUGUCGAUUAUGCUGAAAACCAAAACGUUCUCAGAAUCUGGCAGGUCGACUCUUACAGACUUCGAACUAGCCGAAUACAGUUAGACAUUCAUAGUUGCUCGCACAGUUUCUUUCGAGAUCAAUCCAUUCCAUGAUUGAACUGUCCUCACUGAAGGCUGCAAGCCCCAGAAAGUGGGAUUAGUUAAACGCGCUCGAUUGAUCGAACUGGGAGAGGCGGGAAGGAUGCUUACACUUGAAGUCGGGUUCUUCUGUACACUGGCAAAUAAAUUUUAAAAAACA